ACUAGUUUGUGAGUCAUUUAUAAUCUCAAGAGAGAAAAUGGCAUCUAAUUUUCAAUCAUCCAUUCAAAGGGACUUCAUUCAUGAUUUUUCCUGCUCUCCGUGUGGAGAGAACGGAUUUAACACAGAAGCUCAUCAUUAUUGUUCUCAAUGCACAGAAUAUUACUGCCAAAACUGUGUUUCAAAACAUAACGGAUUAUAUCAGAAGCACGCAGUGCUCGGACGGAAGGACGUGAAUAAAUGGGAGGCAGCCCCAGGGGUGGUGGACGCCCUGGAGAGUUGCGGUAUGCACCACGGGGAGGCGCUACAGCUGGUAUGUGCUGACCAUGACCAACUGUGCUGUCAUGUGUGCAUCGCUGUGGACCACAGACAAUGUUCCAAAAUCCAUCCCAUUCCAGAUGUAGCAAAAGGUAUUAAGAGAAAUAUUGAGUUUCAACGAAUUCCAAACAAAAUAGCUAAACUUGAAAAGCAAUUCGAGCUGAUGAAAGAAGCAAGAAUGAAGAAUACGACACCUCUGAAAAAGACGCGGGCAGCCAUUUCUGAUGAAUUAAAAACCAUACGGAAAAUGAUCAACGAAAUCCUUGACCAGAUUGAGAAGACGACUUUACAGGAUUUGGACGGAAUGAUAGCUAAACUUGAAAAAAAUAUAAAGAAAGAUAUCGAAACUUGUAAUGGAAUGACUAUCGAGCUGCAAAACAUGAUUACCGCUUUUCAAACCAAAACAAAAUCAAGCGAGUCAAAAUCAUAUAUUGCGUACAGAAAGAGUCAGAAUAAGCAAAUGAUCAUCUUCGUGACAUAUCAGUCAUUGAGUGUUACAAUGUAACAUUUCAAGCCAAUAACCUUAUCGAAGAACUAUUAUCUUCAAUAAAGACGUUUGGAGCGAUUGAAGUACAAACUGGUAUGACCAAACAGCGAACAGAUCCCCUUUCCGAUCCAAACCACGUCUUCAGUGUUGCAGAGUACAAGAAGUACAACGUGAAGAUGAGUGACGACAAAUGUCAAUGUGUUAUCCAAGGCGUAUGUGAAAUACCUUG